AUGCCCGCGUGUCCCCCGCGGUUCUCCACGCCAGCCCCCCACGGAGCCUCCGGGCCCAGCGAGGCCGCGGCCGCCCGUCGCCUCCCGGGGGCGCGGGUGACUGAAAGCUUCCUAAGCAAAGAAGUCAGCUACGUGGUUUCCAGCAGCAAAGAAGCCAAACGAGACAAAGCCAGGACUCAGGCUGAGAAGUGGAGCAACGCCCUGAUCAGCAGGGGAAAGGAACUGCUGCAGAAGGCCAUGAAGAAUCAGGACACCUGCAGUGGCAGCAGUAUCCUUGCCAACGCUCGCCUGUGGGGAGUCCAGAUCUUGCACGUGGAUGGCAAAAUGCCUUGCAUCCGGAUCAAAAAUUCGCAAAGGGGUGUGGAGGACUGUCCGAUGCGCAGCGAGGGGGAGAAGAGCCCCCGAUCCGUACCAGUCACUGUGCCAAAGAAAAAGAGGGGAUUUUGUGAGUGCUGCCAAGAGACCUUUGAAGAGCUGCAGAAGCACCUCCAGAGCCCCCAGCACAAGCGGUUUGCACUGGACGACUCACAGUAUGCCCCUGUGGAUCGUGUCAUCUCACAGCUCACCAACAACUUUGUGGAGCAGUCAGCCAAGGACAGAGUCAGUAAUCGCAGAGAAGGAGGGGGGUUGUCGAAGAACUGCUCUCUGGGGCUGCCUGUUGGAGCAGGACUCACCAGAGGGGUCUGCGCUGCCCGUGGCACCACAGAGGAGCCUGCGGUGGAGGAUACAGAUUCGGGCUUGGCUCCUGACCUGCGCUGGGGGACUCGCAUUGAGAGCAUGGCCUGUUCCUUCUCUCGCCCAGUCCUUGGAGGUGCAGAGACGGUGGAGAGGAGGGCCCUGGGGGUGAGAUCUGUGUUCUUCAUGUGGUUUGGGGUUUUGCUGGAUAUCUUUGUGUAUUUACAGAUGUUUGUAACUGGUCCCGCCGCACAGGCCGGCUCGCUGCAGCGGAGGCUCCCCUGGGCCGGAUGGCAGGACGGGCGGGUCGUUUCCCAAAUCACCCACCCCAGCAGGUUGGUGGGGCAGAGCUCAGGAGAAGAAGUCCAGAAGCAUCAGCUGGACACCAGGGUCAGGAAUGAGCCUGGAGGAGGAUGCCUCUCCCCGCUCUGGCAGGGCAGCCGGAUCCGGGGGCAGCCCCGCUCCUUCGUGGCUCUUUCCAGCUGCCAGGGCCUGCGCGGGGUCUUCUCAGAUGGUCAAGCCACCUACCUGAUCGAGCCCCGGGUGGGCGCCGAGCACGGGCAGGGCCUUCAACCACACAUCAUCCAGCGCAUCCCCAGCUGCAUCCGACCGGGCUGCCUCUUCCCUGCACUGACCCAGCACCUCGCGGGCGGGUUACCAAAGCUGCGGCGGCGGCGGCAGGUACGCUGAGCCCAGCACACAGUUCACAGCGAGACCAAGUACAUCGAGCUGGCGGUGGUGAACGACCACCAGCUGUUCCUGCAGCUCCGCAAGUCCGUGGUUCUCACCAGCAACUUCGCCAAGUCUGUGGUCAACCUGGCCGACAUGAUCUACAAGGAGCAGCUCAACACCCGCAUCGUGCUGGUGGCCAUGGAGACGUGGGCCUCGGAGGACCGGAUCCGGAUGGGGGAAGACUCCCUGGAGACCCUGAACGAGUUCGUGAAGUACCGGCGUGAGGGGCUGGCGGAGCAGAGCGACACCGUCCACCUCUUCUCGGGUCGGACGUUUCAGAGCAGCCGCAGCGGCACCGCCUUCGUGGGGGGCAUCUGCUCGCCCGCCCGUGCCGGGGGCGUCAAUGAGUACGGCAACGUGGCGGCCAUGGCGGUGACACUGGCGCAGACGCUGGGGCAGAACGUGGGCAUGAUGUGGAACAAGCACCGUGCGGCGGCAGGGGACUGCCGGUGUCCGGACUCGUGGCUGGGCUGUAUCAUGGAGGACACAGGGUACUACCUCCCGCGGAAGUUCUCCCGCUGCAGCAUCGACGAGUACAACCAGUUCCUGCAAGACGGCGGCGGCAGCUGCCUCUUCAACAAACCCCUGAAGCUUCUGGACCCUCCGGAGUGCGGCAAUGGCUUUGUGGAGGCGGGAGAGGAGUGCGACUGUGGCUCGCUGGCGGAGUGCGCAAAGAGCGGGGGCAACUGCUGCAAGAAGUGCACGCUGACCCACGACGCCAUGUGCAGCGACGGGCUCUGCUGCAAAGGCUGCAAGUACGAGCCGCGCGGCGUGUCCUGCCGAGAGGCCGUGAACGAGUGCGACAUCCCUGAGAGCUGCACCGGCGACUCCAGCCAGUGUCCCCCCAACCUCCACAAGCUGGACGGCUACUUCUGUGAAAACGAGCAGGGACGAUGCUACGGCGGGCGCUGCAAAACCAGAGACCGGCAGUGCAACGUGCUGUGGGGCCGCGGCUCGGCCGAGCGCUUCUGCUACGAGAAGCUCAACGUGGAGGGGACCGAGAGGGGCAACUGCGGGCGCGAGGGCCUGGGCUGGCUGCAGUGCAACAAGCAGGACGUCCUCUGUGGCUUCCUCCUCUGCGCCAACAUCUCGGGCGCACCCCGGCUGGGCGAGCUCAGUGGCGAGAUCGCCGCCACCACCUUCUUCCACCAAAACCGCUACGUGGACUGCAGGGGAGGCCACGUGCAGCUGGUGGAUGGCUCGGACCUGAGCUACGUGGAGGACGGGACGCCCUGCGGCCCCGGCAUGCUGUGUCUCGACCACAAAUGCCUUCCAGCCACGGCCUUUAACUUCAGCUCCUGCCCCGGCAGUUGGGACGGGAAGAUCUGCUUUGACCACGGGGUUUGCAGCAACGAGGGCAAGUGCAUCUGCCGGGCUGAGUGGACGGGGAAGGACUGCAGCGUCUACGACCCCAUCCCCGAGCCAAAGCCGACGGGGGAGACAGAGCGAUACAAGGGUCCCAGUGGCACCAAUAUCAUUAUCGGCUCCAUCGCGGGGGCCGUGCUGGUGGCUGCCAUCGUCCUAGGGGGGACAGGCUGGGGAUUUAAGUAA